AUGGCGGCACUGUCCACAUCACAAAUGAACUUGAACUCAAUUGACACCAACUUCGAAGUUGACAAACUCACCUACGAAAUCUUCUCCAUCUUGGAGAAUAAAUUCCUCUUUGGUUAUCCCGAUACCGAAAAUUCAAAGAAUUCGCUCUCCAAAGACAUGAAACAAGCUAAACACGCCGCCGGCAAAGUCAGAAUUCUCUGCAUUGACGGCGCCGGCUACACCGACGGCAUCCUCGCUGCAAAGUCCCUCGCUCACCUCGAAUCCUGCCUCAAACGAAAAUCCGGCAAUCCCAACGCUAAUAUUGCAGGUUUCUUCGACGCCGUCGCUGGCUCCGGUGUCGGUGGCGUCCUCGCCGCGCUUUUGUUCACGCGUGGAAAAGAAUCAAAAGACGGUCUCCCUAUGUUCACGGCCGAUGAGGCGUUGAAAUUCCUGAUCAACAACCGGAACAAAAUCUCACGGCGAUCGGGGAUUCUCCGGCGAGUUCUACAAUCGGAAACAAAAUCUUCGAAGCUUUUCCGAAAAACGUUCGGUGAAUCUACGCUGAAGGAUACACUGAAACCGGUUUUAAUCCCCUGCUACGAUCUCGUCACGCGCGCUCCGUUCGUUUUCUCCCGCGCCGAUGCGCUUGAAACCGACGGUUACGAUUACAGGAUGCGCGAUGUCUGUGCUGCCACGUCAGCUGAUCAAACGGUUCCCAUCGAAAUGAAGUCCAUCGACGGAAAAACCAAGAUUAUGGCCGUUGACGGCGGAAUAGCGAUGAACAAUCCAACGGCUACCGCCGUCACGCACGUGCUAAACAACAAACACGAGUUUCCAUUCUGUAACGGCGUCUCUGACUUAUUGGUGCUUUCUCUCGGUAACGGAGAAUUAGACUUUAACGCCGUUAAAUCUGCGUCAGGAUUCGUCAGGAUUGCUGGUGAAGGUGCUUCCGAUAUGGUUGAUCAAGCUGUAUCAAUGGCAUUUGGAGAAUGUAGGGUGGACAAUUAUGUGCGGAUUCAAUCAAACGGAGUCAUGGCAAAGGCAACUAAGGGGAACACGGCAAAAACGGAGUCGGAUUUGUUGGCUGUUUCGGAAGAGAUGUUAGGACAGAAGAAUGUGGAAUCGGUAUUGUUUAAAGGAAGAAAGAUUGCGGAGAACACGAAUUUGGAUAAGUUAGAGUUAUUUGGAGGUGAAUUGAUAAAGGAACAAGAGAGGAGAAAAACUAGCAUUUUGCCAACUGUGGUGUUGAAGAAUGCUUCUCCCUCUCCUAGAACUUCAUCAGCUACUACUUUGUCAACAUUGUCUUCAAACUCUUAA